UUUCCCCUGAAAGCUCGCACUCGACGGAGGAAGAUUUGUCCAUUAGAAAUGGUCCAAGAACAGCCAACCAUCCCUCCCCCAAACAUAGACAUGGAUACGACAUAUUCUUUCACCUCUCUGACCCUAAUCGUUCUCCCGUCCGUUUAUAUACCCCGCCGGAGAUCUCUGCUGCCCUGUCGUUCCCCUUUCGGAUUCUCCUGCGCCGAGCUCAAUGGGUAUUUGUUCAAGCAAACCCAGCGAGCUAAAUGUCGCCAGCCCCCACGCUCCUCCCGCCGAGAGCCCCACCAUUCCCGACCCUGCUCCUCUUGAGGCCAAGACCGAGAGUGCCGAAGACGGCAAGGAACCGCCACUGGUAGACCUCUCUGAGCCGACUGGUGAAAGCCCGACUGCUGCUGUUGUCGAGGAGCUUGAUCCAGGGAUCAGCGAGCUGAAACUAGUCGAGGAAACAGAGGCCGCCGACACAGAUGGCAAGGAGAAACCUGUUGCAGCGGAGGAGCACCCGCCGGAGUGAGUUUGAACGCAUGGGGAACAAAAGCUGAUAUCUCUAUCGUCGCAUUGCUUCCAUUGAACCAAAACGAGAAUGAGAUCUUCUUGCAUUGCCGUCAA